UGUUAUGGUAACCAGUAACAAUCCGCGGCAUUUCCAGAAAACACGUUAUUUCUCCAUUUAUUCGCGAAAAGUUUCUGAUGUUGCAAUCCUUCUACCUCAUAUUAAUACUGUCGGACAAUAAUUUUUUGGGCAAAUUUUAAUCUUAACACAUAUUUGUGCAUUUUCUACGGUUUAUUUUUACGCGGUCUCCUGGGGCGGAGAGACACAGAUUGUUUAGGGUGUUGCAGGUCACCGGUCAUGCGGUACUCACACAUGGUAAACAUUACCGAACUUUAUCUUGCACCUCUAUUUACCCUUUGGAUCCAGCAAUAGCUUUGCCAAAUAACCGCAUUUCCACCGGUUUUACGCAUCAAAUCGUCAUAAGAAAUCCACCCGUAGGACAUGUAAGAUAGAAAAGUAUUUAAAUACAUUAUACAUUCCAACAGUUCGGUGAAAAAAAAGCUUAAUGUAGUGAGUGAAUCAAUUACGGAAUUAGCCUGAGGUCAGCCUGCAUUUCGCUCACUAGGCCUAGGGCCUACCUACAAGGGAACAGGUUGGGAAAAUGACGAAAGAAAACGGUCAGACUCACCCAACUGGCUCCGACGUUUCACCGCAAACUCGCGCCAGAAUGCGCCAGGGACACUCGGCGGGGACAAUCCUGACGAACGGCUCCAAGAACAUCACGGUAAUCACCCCCUUCGACAAGCGGAGAGGGGAACCGGCUCUGUCGCUGCGGAAGGGAACACGGUGGAUGCACCGGACCACCCUGUCGCUGGAUGAGAGGGAGUGGAAAAGAGAUUUCAGCACAUCAGCAAAAGAGGCCUUUGGAGGCAAGUCAUCCUUGGAUCCCUCACAGAGACCCACCCAGUACCCAACGCUGCACACGUCACAUUUUGAUAUCGGCUUGAACCGACAGCAGCACUUUGCCACGCGAUAUGGCAGCGAGUUCAUGGGACAUGCAGUGGAUCAUCCAAACAAGUUACACUACCCCUCCCUCGUCAACUGGUCCCACAACGUGACCGGCCAGGACAUGCAGAAAGUGUUGACCAGGGACAACAACCAGCUGGAUUACUGGACUUCCUACGGGAGGGUGCACUCCAAGCUGGGACUGGAGAGGGGGGAGGGAAUCCCCAGGCCAGAACAGCCCAAGCAGAAGUACGAUCUUCUAACAGGAAAGUGUCUUGGCCCAACAGAAGCCAAGGACCACCAUCUGGUGUCUGGAAACAGAGUGCUCUAUUCUGCCAGAAGGGAUGCACAAGAUUACUUUGUCUUAGGGUGAUGUUGAAAUGUUAAUUCUGAAUAACAUUUAACUUUAUAAAAAAUUCACUUCAGCCUGUAUGUGGUAUUUUAUUUAAUGUACGAAUUGAUUUUUAUUUGGUUUUUAACUAAACUUGAAAACCAAAGAAUGACUCACAACAUCCCAUCUAUUAUACUCAGCUCUAUGACAUGUACUUACUGAAAAACUUCUAUUUAAAAACCCAGAUGUCAGCAUGUCAUAUACAUGUUAUUCCACAGUAUUUUUCAGUUUGUCACAUUUUAAGCAUGCACAUGUACAUGUAUGUCCAAUGACUACCAGAUAGGCCGUGCAUAAAUUAAAUGCAAAGGACAUCAGCGCUGCAUUAGUACCCCACAUUGUAGCAAGGUGUUGCGGUGUCUUGUGGCAGAGAAAUUUGGUGUUGUAAAAGUGCUUCAUUACAGCACUCAUGCUGAAGUGUCUUAGUGCCCCAUUUCACGGAAUUUCCAGUAUUUUGUGGUGCAUCAUGGGAUAUUCCAAAAUUACCCUCGGGGGUUAGGGUUCGUGUUAUUAUUCCCUCUCCUGAACUACUCCAUUUUGUAUUUAAGUUGACCGUCAAUCCAUCACCUGUUCUCCACACCUGAACUGUUUGCCACUGCUCUGUAUCAGCAUAUUCAAAUAUUGAUGGAGUAAACCUGAAAAUGUGGUGCAGUUAUUCUGUGCCAUUGGCAGAGACAUUGUGCCAAUAUUUGCUUUGGGGCUUUUUACACCUAGAGCAAUCAGUCUGUCUGAGUUGAAUUGCGCCCUCCAUGUGAAGUGUGCUUUGUUCGUUGGUUGCUAGGCAAUGCAAGUGUCUCUCCACAUAGGUGUUGGUCAUACACAAACAUUAGUGGUGUUACCGUCACGAACGGAAUUUUAGUUAGGCAAACUAUGGUGAUAUCACUUGAGGUUUCUGUGUCAGAAGAGGAUUUAGUGGAAUAGUGAAAAAAAAAUCAUAACAUUGGUCAGGUCGACCAUCCCUCAAAAACAAUCCUGGGCAAGUUUUCUCAUGUAUCUAGGUCAACUGGAACUUGAUUUGCAGUUGGAAAAUUGUGAAUGGUGUCCCUGAUGGGUUUGACCCCAUAGAAAUAUUUUUGGUAUCGUGUAAUUCAACAACCAGUAUUAGACGCUACAACUGCGGUGGCACAACGCUCGUAGACGGGUGGUACUUGUGCGUUACCUGCCUGUUCAACCAAUGGGGUGUCAUGAUUUGCCAAAUGGGCGCAUGCCAAACUGAAGAAUGUGCCCCUGCAGUUAUAGUGUCUAAUGGGAUUAGUCUAUACGUAUUAAUUAAUGCUUGUAUUCCUCAUUAUGAUAUACUGACAAAUAAUAGAGGAAAAUACAAUCAGACUUUUGUGAAAUGAUGCAAGUUGCUGGUAUGGUAUGGUUGGCUGGUAUGGUCGAUGGCGUUGUGUACACCUUGGGUGGCAAAUAGCCUUCUGAUACUCACGUUAAGUUCUGAUGGUUGUACUUAGCACAUCUGAACCUCUCUGAGGUAUAGUGAAGGUGGAGCAUUAAGAGUUGAUAAUGAGGACCAUGUCACUGCAUCCAGAACCCACAAGUGAAUUAGGUUCCAUCUGGGGGUCAUGCCUCAUUUUUUUUCUGAGCAAUAUAUCAUACGAGUCAUCCUCAUCAAUGAAUUAAUAUCACUGCAUGUGCAAAUUGUUAUUAUAUGACAGUUUUUCACAGCUUUCUGAAGAUUGUACUUUUUUUUCCUUUUUAAGGCAAAAGUAUUAGCAUGGUUCCAAACCACAGAACAAAUGGGCACUUUUUAUUGAAAUAGUUCUGGCAAGUGAACCCAUUUUUGUGUAAAUAACCAAGAUUUUUGUAUUUUAUUGUAUCAUUGAAAUUUACUUGUGCGUAUGUAUUUCCACACAUUUUCUGUCUCUAUUUUUAAAAGUAUUUUCGAAUAUUGCAGUUAUGAAAUAUCUAAUUAAAACAUGUUUGUCAUGUAACUGAUA